UCUCACUCAAGCCCUUCCAAGGAGAUUCACCAGCAGUUAAAAAGUUCUAACUUCCCAAUUUUACCCUGAUCACCUACCCUCUUAAGCCAAAAUGCGUGAGAUUCUUCACAUUCAGGGAGGGCAAUGUGGGAAUCAAAUUGGAUCAAAAUUCUGGGAAGUUGUAUGUGAUGAGCAUGGCAUUGAUCCCACCGGCAGGUACAGUGGGAAUUCCGAGCUACAGCUGGAGAGGGUUAAUGUAUACUUCAAUGAAGCGAGCGGCGGCAGGUAUGUGCCACGAGCCGUGCUCAUGGACCUCGAACCGGGGACUAUGGACAGCGUGAGGACCGGGCCCUAUGGACAGAUUUUCAGGCCUGAUAACUAUGUUUUUGGGCAGUCAGGGGCCGGAAACAACUGGGCUAAGGGCCACUACACUGAAGGUGCCGAGCUUAUCGAUUCGGUGCUCGAUGUUGUGAGGAAAGAAGCAGAGAACUGUGACUGCUUGCAAGGAUUUCAAGUGUGCCAUUCCCUUGGAGGUGGAACUGGUUCAGGAAUGGGGACUCUGCUCAUUUCAAAGAUUAGGGAAGAGUAUCCCGAUCGAAUGAUGCUCACAUUCUCUGUCUUCCCAUCUCCAAAGGUGUCGGACACUGUCGUAGAGCCUUACAAUGCUACACUUUCUGUUCAUCAGCUGGUGGAGAAUGCCGAUGAGUGUAUGGUCCUCGACAAUGAAGCACUCUAUGAUAUCUGCUUCAGGACUCUCAAGCUCACCACCCCAAGCUUUGGGGAUUUGAAUCAUCUGAUUUCAGCAACAAUGAGUGGAGUAACUUGUUGCUUGCGAUUUCCGGGGCAGCUGAACUCAGACCUCCGAAAGCUAGCAGUGAACUUGAUCCCCUUUCCGCGGCUUCACUUCUUCAUGGUGGGUUUUGCUCCUCUGACCUCCCGAGGCUCACAGCAGUACCGCGCCCUCUCUGUCCCUGAGCUGACACAGCAAAUGUGGGAUGCCAAGAACAUGAUGUGCGCAGCUGAUCCACGACAUGGGCGUUACCUAACAGCAUCGGCUCUGUUCAGAGGCAAAAUGAGCACCAAAGAAGUGGAUGAACAGAUACUAAUUGUACAGAACAAAAACUCUUCCUAUUUUGUCGAAUGGAUCCCAAACAAUGUCAAGUCUAGUGUUUGUGACAUCCCACCAAAAGGGCUUUCCAUGGCUGCAACUUUCAUUGGGAAUUCGACUUCUAUACAGGAGAUGUUCAGGAGGGUGAGUGAGCAGUUCACCGCCAUGUUUAGGAGGAAGGCCUUCUUGCACUGGUACACUGGAGAAGGAAUGGAUGAGAUGGAAUUCACGGAAGCCGAGAGUAACAUGAAUGAUCUUGUGGCAGAGUAUCAGCAGUACCAGGAUGCUACAGCUGAUGAAGAUGGUGAUUAUGAAGAUGAAGAUGAUGGCAGCACUAACAACUGAAGGUGUUCUUCCUAUUUGCUGUUACGUAUGCUGCGUGCAGCAAUAAAUCGCUAAUGACUUCAGUGAAUCACUAAUGAUUCUGUGUUUCAGUGCACUAGAUUUUAGCAGAAGCAUGUCCUGCUUUCCUGCUUUUCCUUUUCGGUAACUUUUGUUCUUCUCGGAAAAUAAAUACUCUUCCCUUC